AUGGAACAAGCUCCGAGGAUUUUGUCAUGGAGGAAUAUGUUGGUCCUCUCAUUGGCCGUAAACUUCAGCUUGAUUCUAAAGAUUUUUAAGAGUUCAGGUGGAAAUUCUUUGGAUAGAACGGCGGUCUCAGGAUCUUCUUUGUUGUCUUCAGCAUCUUGCAAGUAUAGCGAGGUUGAAGAAGACGACGGCAGGAUUCUCAAUCUUAAAUUUGGCGAUCCAACAGUGUAUGAGAGAUACUGGCAAGAAACAGGGGAGGCUACAACAAUGGUUAUACCUGGAUGGCAAUCUCUCAGCUAUUUUUCAGAUAACAACAACAACCUUUGUUGGUUUCUUGAACCGGAGCUUGGCAAAGAGAUUGUAAGAGUGCAUCAGAUUGUUGGGAACGCUGUAACGCAAGACCGCUUCAUUGUUGUUGGCACUGGCUCUACACAGUUGUGUCAAGCUGCUCUCUAUGCUCUCUCCCCACACGAUCACUCUGGUCCCAUUAAUGUCGUCUCAGCUUCACCAUACUAUAGUUCGUACCCGUUGAUUACAGACUAUCUCAAAUCGGGUUUGUAUCGAUGGGGGGGAGAUGCAAAGACAUAUAAGGAAGAAGGUCCAUACAUUGAGCUUGUUACAUCUCCAAACAAUCCUGAUGGAUUCUUGAGACAAUCGGUAGUGAACAGUAGUAGUGAAGGUAUAUUGAUCCAUGAUUUGGCGUACUACUGGCCGCAGUAUACGCCAAUAACUUCAAAAGCUGAUCAUGAUGUAAUGCUCUUCACAGCUUCAAAGAGCACUGGCCAUGCAGGGAUGCGGAUUGGAUGGGCUUUGGUGAAAGAUAGAGAGACGGCGAGGAAAAUGACAGAGUACAUAGAACUCAACACGAUUGGGGUUUCAAAAGACUCGCAGCUUCGAGCAGCCAAAGUUCUAAAGGUUGUGUCAGACAGUUGUGAUAGUGAAACUGCCAAAUCCUUUUUUGGGCAUAGUUAUGAUGCCAUGUCUAAGAGGUGGAAGCUACUGAAACAAGCAUCAAAGGAUAGUAAACGUUUCACCGUUCCUGAUUUCGCCUCUCAACGCUGCAAUUUCCUUGGCAAGGUCUUUGAGUCACAACCAGCUUUUGCAUGGUUAAAGUGUGAAGAAGGGAUUGUGGAUUGUGAGAGGUUUCUGAGAGAGAAGAAGAAGAUUAUAACGAAAAGUGGUAAGUACUUCGGAGAUGACCAGAGUUAUGUGAGGAUAAGCAUGUUGGAUAGAGAUUCUACCUUUAAUAUCUUCCUUAAGAGGAUUACAUCUUCAUCCAGUUCAACUUUAUAA